CACAUGACGCUAUGUUCCACAGCCCGAGCUCAGCGGCUAGCCUCAGACCCCGAUGCUAGCUAGCUAGCUGCUGAAGAAGAGUCUGAAGGGACCCGUCACAGGAUCGCGCUCUGGCGUAUUUGUACACUUUGUCUGUGCUAGCUAGCCACGGUUAGCUCCUGAGCUAACAGUCCACCAUGAACACAGACAACGUGAACCAGUCCGCCGCCACGGGAGCGUCCACGGCGUCCAGUAACUGCAUCACGAACGAUAGCCCAGCUCCCACGGCCCCGAGUAACGCUUCAGGCUCAGCGGCCAUGGUGACCCCAUCAGCAGACUCGUCUGUCUCCAACGGCGUCUAUGUUCCUGGUGGGAUCACCAAUGGAGAUGUAAAGCCUGCCCUCUCCACCACGCCCCUGGCAGAUUUCCUCAUGCAGCUGGAGGAGUACACUCCCACAAUUCCUGAUGCAGUAACAGGGUACUACCUCAACAGGGCUGGAUUUGAGGCUUCUGACCCGAGAAUAAUCCGUCUGAUAUCCCUUGCUUCUCAGAAGUUUAUCUCAGACAUUGCCAAUGAUGCUCUGCAGUACUGUAAAAUGAAGGGCACUGCCUCAGGAAGCUCAAGGAGUAAAACAAAGGAUAAGAAGUACACUCUGACUAUGGAGGACCUGACUCCUGCCCUCUCAGAAUAUGGCGUCAAUGUCAAGAAACCAUAUUACUUUACAUAAUACUGCUUUUCUUUGAGGCAAUUUGCUUUUUGCUAGUUUUAUGUCCCUGCUGACCCACUAGAGUUUGUCAACACCUUCAUUGAUAAAUGUUUUUGUCGUUUUUUUGAUCAAGGUGCUUUAGUUUCAGCUUUGACAAAUCAUUGUAGUCACUUUGCCAUUUGUUCUUUUUUUGUGGAGCCACCUUUGCAUUAUGUUAAAUUGUAUAAUUAAGUUUUAUUGUGAAAAUAAAACCCUUACAAAACA